AUGCGUCCGGGAAGUCGGGGCUAUGUCGGUGGAGGCCUACAGCCUCCUGGGACAGGGAUGAGGAUGGCAACAGGGCAGCGCGGAGGGCGUCCCAUGUCCGGCAGGAUGAGGACAGGACAAGUCACGGCCGGGCCAAGUCGGGAAGCUGCCUACGGGGUUGCCUUGUCGCAGGAGGUCAAGGUUACAGACCGCCCAGUGACACAACAGGGAAUGUCGGGCAUGAAAACAGCCGGCGGCGGCGGCGGCGGCGGUGGCGGUGGCGGCAGGCAGGUCCAAGACGGGUCCUUCUUCAUCGGGGUGCUCCGGAGCAAGAUGAACGACGUCCGCGCCGAGCUGGGGCGCCUGCAGGCCGAGAUAGAUCGGCACGAGAAGAGCGUCUCGCAGCAGGGGCACCUGGAGCGCACGUACGACACGAUGUUGCAGGAUGUCAAGGCGCUGGAAGGCACUCUGGCGGACUACAACCUGGCCGUGGAUAAGGCUAGGACCACCGCGGACCCCGGCGAGGUCACCAAGUAUCUACACGACCUGGAAGACCGGAAUAGGCGUGAGGCCCAAGGGCUGGACGAGAUCUUCCUGGCCAAGCAGCAACACGAACGGGAGACACAGGAGUUGGAGGCAGAGAUGGAAGCAGUGCACGGCCGGAUGGAAGAGAAGAUCAACACCCUGGAGCCAGAGAAGCUCCACGAGUACCGCGUCCUCCUCCAGCGAAACAACCACCUCCAGGCGGAAGUGGCCGCGAAGCAGGCGGAAGCUGACCGGCUGUCGGCAAUGAUCGGGCAACACGAGAGCAGAUCCCAGGGCGCGGGGGGGGCGGCUCUGCGUGGGGAGUACCAAGUGCUGGAGAAGUCCGUGGGGGCUCUGCGGCGGGAGCGGGAGAACCUUUCGCAAGACCUCGAGAUUUCGAACAUGAACCCCAAAGACGCUCGCGACCGCCUCCUGAGUAAGGUUAAGGCAGACCAGGAGCGCCUGAAGCAGCUCGACGCUCGUGCCGCGGAAACGACCGAGGAGGUAGUGCGCAUGAAGGAGAGGCUGGAAGACCUCGAGUCGGACCUCAAGGCAGACAGAAAGGGGGACGUGGCCCAGAAUAAGGUGGAGGUGCUACAGAAGCGGGACAAGGAGAUGACGGACUUCAUAGAGAAGUUCGACCAAACCAAGCAGGAGGCCCUCGACGACCAGCGGUCGGCAAGGUCCACGAUCGUCGGCCUCCUGGAGCACAUCAGCACAGGCCUCGAGUCUCAGCACCACAUCCCGGACAAGGGCGGCAUGAGGGACCGAAAGGUUUAA